CAGACCUACAGGAAGGCUCCUAUGGUUUUCUGCAUGUGUUCAACCUCUUCUACUCAGCAUCUGUCAACCUAUACACAUAAUUAUUUGUCCAAAUACCAACAAUCCUUCUUCCAUUUCAGCACCUAGGCCAGAAAUCUGCAUCUAGAGCUGCCCGCCUGCUGCCCUCCCCCCAUCCCGAUGCACUCCCUCCGGACUAGGUGGAGCAGAGAACAGCCCCUUUACUGGUCAUGCUGAGCUCAUACUCUGAUGGCUGUUCCAUGACUUCAAGAUUGUGUCCCCACCCUUCUCCCUCUUUACCAAUGCCUGAUCUCAUGGGGUUAGUUUUGAGCCCAACACGAUGGCCUCAUCCUCCCCAGCUCCUCCCUCUGAGUCCAAGAAGCCCCGGGGCAAGAUGGCUGACUGGUUCAGGAAGGUCCUAUCAAAGAAGUCCAAGAAAAUGCCUACCUCAGCAGAAAGCACCCCCAGUGACGUGUCACAGCCAAGCUCACAGGAUGACCCCCCACGCAUGGGUCUCAGCUCAGCCGUGUCUUCCACCCCACCACCACCACCGGAGGGUACCACCAGCAACGCUGGCAGCAGCAGCAGCAGCAGCAGUAGCAGACGCUGGAGCAAGGACUAUGACGUCUGCGUGUGCCACAGUGAGGAGGACCUGGUGGCCGCCCAGGAGCUGGUCUCCUACCUGGAGGGCAGCAGUGCCAGCCUGCGCUGCUUCCUACAGCUUCGGGAUGCAACCCCAGGCGGCGCCAUUGUGUCCGAGCUGUGCCAGGCCCUGAGCAACAGUCACUGUCGGGUGCUGCUCAUCACCCCAGGCUUCCUCCGGGACCAGUGGUGCAAGUACCAGAUGCUGCAGGCCCUGACCGAGGCCCCCGGGGCAGAAGGCCGCACCAUCCCCCUGCUGGCCGGCCUUGCCAGAACCGCCUACCCUGCUGAGCUGCGGUACAUGUACUUUGUGGAUGGCCGGGGCCCUGACGGUGGUUUCUGCCAAGUCAAGGACGCCGUCAUGCGUUAUCUACAGACACUCAGCUGAGGAGUCUACCACGAUGGGGCUCAUAAAGUUGAAGCCAAGUUGGAGACUGAGUUAGAAUCCUUGCAGCAAGGCCCUGGAUUCCAGCAAGGGGUGUAAACAAAUGUGACAGAGCUGGCGGCACUUUGUAUGGGACCCUGGAUCAGACCACCCACCAGGUUUCCAUCCCUGUGGGCCCUCGGGAAGUGCAUGGGGAAGCUAGGGACUCCCCCAGGAAGGUUAUGGGGAAGCUGAGGACUCCUCUAGGAAGGUCAUGAGGAAGUUGGGGACUCCCCAGGAAAGCCAGGGGGAAGCUGGAAAUUGAAGGUGGUAGGAGGUACAGACAUCAAGAGAUCACUAAUGUUUGACCUCCUACAUCAGUGGACAAGAAGUCUGCUGUGCACCUCCGUUCCUGCCCUUGAGCAGGGCCCUAGUGGAGAGAUGCACUCUUCCUACAGUGGGGUAUCCAGACUGCUGGGGAGGCCCCGGAAUGUGUACCCGCGGAAAGCAACAGCUUCCUUCCACACUCAUACUACUGCCUUCGCAGUGACAUCCAUUCCCUUCAGACAGCCACGUGACAGGCAUAAAGCAUGGCACUGCAGUUUAUUUUUGCUGUUAGCGUGUGCAUGUCAUUACAGACUCAAACCUAGAAACCCUCCUUUGUAGACACAGGAGGGGGCAGCAGGAUGAAGAGUAGGAAAGCUCAGUCCCUUCAACUGGAAUUGAAAGUCCAUUCAGGGAUGCUUUGACAACUGGGGGCCUUGUAAGCAGUCUGGCCAGAGGGCAUGCUUUUACACCUCUGGACUGAGAUGAUGCCAGUUUUCUUCUGGCAGAUGCACGUAUACCUGUAUAUACUGUUCUUCUCAAGUUUGUCCUUGGAAGUGAGUUUCUUACUCCUCCAAGGUAUACUUUUGCACCUCCUCUCAUUUUCUCUACCACGAUAUGACAUAUGACAUUGUUUUAUAAUGUUUUAGUAUUUGUAUAUAUUGUAAAAAAGCACUGUAGAUUAUGAUUUAUUUGAUUACAUACAAAGAGAAUAAAAAAUAAUAUAAUGUACACUCAUGUAUCUUCCACCCACCUAAGAUCCCCAUGGUGCUUUUUGCCUUUGGUUAUAUCACCUCCUUUCUUCCACCAGAAGCAAGCACUAUUUUGAAUUUGGAAUUGGCCACUGUUAGUUUUUUUUGAUUUAAUGUAUUACACAUGUGCAUUCCUGACAACAUAUUUACUUUCUCGUGGUUUAAUACUUUAUAUAAUCAGCACUAUGUUUGCAUUCUGCAAAUUCCUUUUAUUUUUUGGUUUACCAUGUUUGUAAGAUUUCACCAUGCUGAUUCAUGUAACCCCAGUUAAUUCCCUUUUGUUCCAUUAUGUAAAUAUACUACUAUUUAGUCACAAAUUCUCCUACAAAUGGCCAUUUGGUUGUUCCCAAUUUUUCGGCUAUUAAAAACAAGGAACCUAUGAACAUCUCUGGGCAAUUCUACAAGUAAGUUUCUAAGAUAUAGCCUAGAUGGGGAACAGCUGGGGAGUAAAAAAUACAUACCAUUACUUUAGUAGAUUAGACCAAAUUUUCUUCCAAAUUAUUCGUGCCGAUUUAUUUUCCUAUCACAUGUGUGUAAGAGUUCUCAUUUUUUCAUGUUCUCGCUAACUCAAAAUUACCAGAUUUUUAAAUGCUUGCUAAAAUGGUGGAUGAAAAGUGGUACCUUUGUGUCAUAUUCUUUUUUUCCCCUACUUGCAAUUUUUUUUUUUCCUGAAAAACUGUAUCAUAUACUAGAAGGGAAAAGUUUAAUGAAAUCCCAUCUAUCCAUCACCCAGCUUCAAGAAUUUAAUUACCAACUCAGAACUAAGCUGCUAUAAACAAUAACCCUAAACAUUUCCUCACUUCCAGAUGGUUUUGAAGCAAAUGCCUGACAUUACUUUAUUCCUCCACAUUUAAGUAUGUAUCUCCAAAUUGUUACAUAAUAAGGAUCAGCAACCUAAACUGGGGGUCAGCAACCUGAACUUGAGCCUCAGUUCUUAAAAGACCAAUAAUUUUCAGCUUCAUGUUAUGUCCAUCAUUCUGCUGCAUCAAAUACCAGUUGGUGGUUUCAAGCCACUCGUAUCUAACAAUAAAGAGGAACAUUUCAAGCAUGUCCAGAAGUUUCAUUUUUAAUAUGACAAUAUAACAUCACCCUUUAAAGAAGUUUUUUUUAAUAUAAAAAACUUUUACCUAUUUGUAGUCAGUGCUUUUUGUGUCUCACUUAGGAAGUCCUUCCCUACUCUGGUAUUUUCUUCUGAAAGUUUUUCACAUUUACGUCUUUAAUCCACCCAGAUGUUUUGUUUGGGUUUGUUUUGUUGGGUUUAUAAGUCAGAGAUCCAAUUUUUUCCCCAUUUGUAAAUAAUGACUUACUGACUAGUCCAUCCUUUACUAAUUAUGAUGUCGUGGCUGUCAUAUAUUGUCACAUGCGGGGCUACUUCUGAGUUCUUUUGUGUGUUUGUGGAUCCUGAACUUGAGCCUCAGUUCUCAAAAGACCAAUGAUUUCCUGGGUUCUCAUUUGUGUGUUUGUGGAUCUGUGCCAGUGGCACACUGGUUUAGUUACUAUGGCUUAUAAUAAGCCUUGAUAAUUCGUAGGUCAAUUCUUUCCACUCUUCUUACUCAUCAAAAUCACUUUGACUUGUCUUACAUCUUUACUCUUUCAUAUAAAUUCUUUAUUCAGUCUGUCAACUUCCAGGAAAAUGCCUGUUAGUGUUUUUAUGGGACUUAUAUUGAGAGAUUAAUUUGGGAAUAGAUGGUUUUUUAUGAUGUUGAAUUUUUCUCUCCCUAAAAAUAGCAUAUCUCCAUUUAUUUAUGUCUUCAAUCCUGUUUCAAUAAAACUUUAUAAAC